UUUGCAUUUUGCAAUGAGAGGGGAAGAAGAAAGAGCGAAUAGGGAUUGCUUUACUUUAUCAUCAUAACGUAAAUAAUGAAUAAGUUACCUUUAGAAAGCAUACGUCUUCUUUCAAGCUCACAAGUAAUAACAUCACCAAGUUUUGUUGUGAAGGAACUGGUUGAGAACGCAUUUGAUGCUGGAGCAACUAAUAUUGAUAUUAAAAUGGAGAAAUUUGGUCUGGACAAGAUCGAGCUUCGAGACAAUGGCUGUGGAAUCAAGCAAAGCGAUACUGAAUUCAUGGCUCAACGGUAUUACACGUCAAAAAUUUCAAAACAUGACGACUUACAAAUGCUUGAUACAUAUGGAUUUAGAGGAGAAGCCCUUGGCUCCCUAUGUCAAGUCUCUGAUGUUUGUAUAGUAUCAAGGACAGUGGACGAUCCAGUGGCUGUGUCCUACAACUUAGAUCAUAAUGGGAAAAUUUGUUCAACAAAACCUACCCAUGAUGGAGUAGGAACAACUGUUACGGCGUUAAAUCUUUUCAAAUCAUUCCCUGUGAGAAGGCAAUGUUUUCAAAAUGCAAAAAAAGGCAAGGAAGAGCUUAAGAAGGUUGAGGAUCUUUUAAUGGCAUAUGGUCUGAUAAAACCUGAAGUACGGAUUGUUUUAAGAAAUAAUAAGAACGUUAUCUGGCAAAAGAAUAAGUCUUCUGACAUACGGACAGCUUUAAAUGAUGUAUUUGGUGUCCAGAUUGCGAGCCAAUUGCAAUAUGUUGAGUGUUGUGACAAUGAUUUGAAUUUUAAAAUUCAAUGUUUUGUUCCUAAAAGUGAUUCGUGUCCACAGUUGAUGUUGAGGUCCUCAGAUGAAAGAACUUUUAUUUUUGUAAACAAGCGUUACAUUACUUGGAAGGAAUUGUUGCAGGUCCUAAAAAAACAUUGCGUAUUGAAAAACGGAGAAAAAUGCAAUGGAAAGUACCCUUUAGGUCUUGUGAGCGUUAGUUUAUCCAGUCAAGAUGUUGACGUAAAUCUAGAACCAAAUAAAACAAAAGUUAUAAUAAAUCAUAAGGAAGAAGUUCUCAAAAUCAUAACAAACGAAAUAAGUAGGAUUUACGAUGGCGGUGGUCUUCAGGCUGUAACUACAGAAAAAAUUCGUGAUAUGCAUGGGUCAACAGGUGUUGAAUCGAGUGAUACCGUUCCUUCUCCUGAUGUCACAGAAAGCGACUCAAAGGAAACGUCAAGAGUUGCUCCAGAAAAGACGGGUUGUACAUCGUCGAAUUCACCUGGGAUACUUCAUGUUACGGUACCAGAAAGAAGUACGGAAGAGAUGUCAGUUGAUUGUGUGCGUGAGUCGGUGCAUCCUACCCAAAAUCAAGACUUUACGCAACAACGACUUAUUGACAACCAAGAAUGUCAUUUUCCACUCAUAACUGACAAUGAGAUUGAUUGUUCAUCAUCUAAUAAAAAUAUGGUUAAUUCAGACAAUCAUACUUCACAGCGCACUGUUUCAUGCCGUACAGAAAAACAAACGGAGAAUUUUGCAAGUGGCAACCUUGUUUCUGCCACGUUGGAAAAACAGGACGAUAAUAAGGAUAGCAAUUUGGAUGAAAUCAUAGAGAAUUUUAUCAAUGACUCCGAUAUUAUUGACGAUUCGUUAUUGGAUAUAUCACUGGACCAAGUUCAGCCAAAUCAAGAACAGUGGAGUAAAGGUGUAGGUUUGGUUGAUAACAAUGGAAAAGAGAUAGAGCCAAUGAAGCUCCUGAGGCCAAGUGUUUGUGAUAAGGGAAAUGAAAAAACUGCCAGAACAACAUCCAAUGGAAAACGUAGGCACAGUUUGGAUAUGAAAUCAGAUCGACGAAGUAAGAGAAACAAACAAUAUUCAACGAUAAAUGGCCAGUCAUUAAUCACGGCAGUAUUACAAUCGCCAAAAACGUUGUAUGAGACAAAGAAAUCAAAAGAAGUUUCGUUUUCAUUAUCGGCGUUGAAAGAGUUAACAGAACGUGAAAGCCCAAGUUCGAAAACAAAAAACGAAGCCAUUCAACCAAUCAAACGUCUUGAUCCAUGGGGCAUUUGGCUUGUUCAGAAGAACAGAAAAUUAUAUAUUUUAAAUCCUUUUAGAAUCCAGGAGUUAUUACUCUAUAGAAAACUGCUUGCCACCCACGUGUUACCAAGAGAAAAACUCGACAAAGCUAUUGCUUUAGAUGAAAGGGUUCUUGGUGACACUUCUCGUUAUUCGUUGCUAUUGAAAUUGGUAACGGAGAACAAAAAAGGUGACAAUACUCAUUGGUGUUUUGAUGACGAACGUUUUGUCUCUAAUGGUUUUGAAAUUACUGGACGAUUAGACAAAGAAACUGGUGAAAUUGGAAUGUCACUGGUCAAGAUAAACACAACGAUUCCAUAUUAUGGCAUCAACGAUUUAAAAGAAAUUUUAGACCUGAUUCAAAAGAACGAUGCAACUUCAGUGAAGAAUCACGAUCUUGUGGGUUGUCGGACAAGUAAAGUUUGCAACUUUCUUGAGAAUGAAGUUGCGCGGAUUGUCCAAAGCCUUCCAUCCCGAACGUCUGAUGCGGAUAUAAUGGAACUUGUAAAGAAUAUGAGUGACCAGCUGAGUGGAAAUGAUAAUACUUGUCUUCAUAAUAGACCACUUUUGUAUUAUCUUGUAUCAUUUUGAGGCAUAUUGGACAACCACGAGAUACAACGUGGCUCAUCUCGUCGGUAUUAUGAUUCUUUGGGUAGAGGCAAACAGCGGCUCUUUCAAACGGCGGGGAAAAAAGAGCGGGGCUUCAAAACGGCGGGAAAAGAA